AUGGAUACUGAAAGCUUUCAAUGUGAAAUUAAAAAGACAUUGCCUGAACUGGAGGAUGAGACGUUGAGGACCCUUGUUGCACACCUGAUAGAUGUUAUUGGUGUCAGAAAAAGAGAAGACCUUAUAUUUGUUGGAUCCGAUGACAUUGCUCUUUUUCUGACUCCAAUACAGAGCCGAAAACUCAUCCAAGCUUUCAAAAAUGAAGCAAAUGGGCAAGUGGCCUCAACUUCUUCAGAGGGUCAGGAACCUAGUGUUUCACUCCCUGUACUUAUCCUGCCAGAAGGAUUUUCACCCAGUCCCACACAAAAUUCUACACUCCCUUCUGAACGACAAACUUCCUCAAACCAAAACAUGUCCUGGAUCAGCAGCUUCCAAGUUCCAUGGGACAAAAUGCCAGCACGACUGUUACAGGCAAUGGAAAAAGGUUGCUUGGCUCACCCAGAGGACAGACGGGUACUGAUUAGAGUCGUUGUUGAAGCAAUGCAAGAACACUGCAAAAACCCCAGUAAAGCAACCUGUACAGAAGUGGCCAGAGUAAUUGUAUGCAAGUACCCUGGGACCUUUGCUGAUAAGACUGGAGAAGGUGAGCAGCUGGGGUGUGGUUAUUAUUCACUGUUCAGACAGCUUAAAACCAGAGUUGAGCACAUAAAUAGAGACAAUGUCAGUAAUCGAAUCCGACAGCCUAGGAAAAGGUCCAGUGAUGACAGCAGUGGUAAUGAUGCUGCCAUAAAAAGAAGCAGAACAAAUGUGGAUAGUUAUGGGUGUACAAAAUGGCAACCCACUAAUCUUCCACAAGGAGAAACAUCAGAAUCAUUGGAAGACAAGAGAAAGAUCUUGAUAACCAUCUUCAAGUCAGAAGGACCUACAGCUGUUGAGACAAUGGACGUAGAGAGGAAAAUGGAAUUGACCUAUAUUUAUCAGAGGCACAUGAUAAAUACUUGGCCUGCUCCCGGUCUGUGUGAAGUUGAGGAGCAAUGGCCGUUUCUCUUCACUAAAAGAGGUCUCUGCAGUCAUUUCAAUAUCCUCACUGAUAUUGAUAUUGACACACGCCUCCAUGAAGCUUUCCUCACCAAGGGCAGGAGGAUUAUGCACUUUUUCCAAAAUCAAAGAUUAAAAUGGAACCAGGACAUCCAGGCUUUGCUCCGAGAGAUGGAGCAUGAAAGUAUGAACAACCAUCAGGUCCCUAUCGCUGCCAUUCUUCUAAUAAUGAAAUACUUUCAAGAGAAAGAGGACCACAUCUUCAUCUUGACAGAUCCAACCUCGACCAAGAUGUCGAUUGAGCAGGAGGUGACAUUGCCUGCCACACCACGGGUGAUCAUGCUAGGUAGUAGUCUGCUGUCUGCAACCCACUGGAUGGUCAGCAUUGAGGGGAAGGUCUUCUAUGAAGCUAACCAACUACAUAACUUUGCCAGUGCUUUCGCUGUCUUUUUCAGCUCCUUUUAUGUGUUCAAUCUGGAGUAUCAGGAGGCAGCAUCCACUACGCUGGAGAUGGUACAGAGGUGA